AUUUAUUACGUGCGAUGUAAGAAUAUAAAAAAAAAUUAUAUAUAUAGCACCUAAAAUAGCUUUCUUUUUCGGCUUCCAACUUCUCACGUGGAGGCUACUAGUGGCGAACGUCAUUCAAAUUCACCCACACCCACCAUAUAUCUACUCGCUCCCUGUUUGCACAAAAGAAAAAAAUCUACUCGCUCCCUUAUAUAUACAUAUGUACAUACACUUCCACAUUACACAAAAAAGCUUAACAGAGAGAAACUGUGCGAGUGAUGUGCCCACUCUCUACAUUUAUCAAUCAUUUCAUGUCUUUACCUUGAUUUAUUUAUAUAUAUUGCAAAAAAGAGGAGAAUCGAAUCUCACAACAUUAACACUGCCUUAAAUUCGAAGUGAGAAGAAUAUUCUGAGUGUAGUUAAAUAUUAGAGAUGGUUUUGAAGGAUAUAAAGGACGCUUCUUCUUUGCCACGAUCGUCCGGUGGUUUCUCCAAAUCGUCACCGCCGCCACCGGAGAUGGAUGUUGUUGAUCCGUACAACCGGAAAAAUUCAUCAGAUUCUAAUUUGGAUACUGAGAAGGUUCAGAAUAAGCCUGGAGGAUGGAGAGCCAUCACGUUCAUUUUAGGAAAUGAGACGUUGGAGAGACUAGGAACGAUUGGUUUAUUGUCAAAUUUCAUGGUGUAUCUAACCAGAGUGUUCCACUUAGAACAAGUCGAUGCUUCCAAUGUCAUCAACAUCUGGUCUGGUUUCACUAAUCUGACUCCUCUCGUCGGCGCGUUCAUCUCAGACGCUUAUGUCGGCCGUUUCAAGACCAUCGCUUUCGCCUCAUUCGCCACCCUCAUCGGACUAGUGACAUUGACACUCACAGCAUCGCUUCCUCAACUCCACCCAGCAACAUGCAACAGCAAAGAUCCAGUCAGUUGCGGCGGUCCGAACAAGCUCCAGUUCGGAGUUUUGCUAUUAGGUCUCGGUUUCCUCUCCAUAGGCAGUGGAGGAAUACGACCAUGUAGCAUCCCUUUUGGCGUUGAUCAGUUUGACCAACGAACCGAGGAAGGUCUUAAAGGAGUUGCUAGUUUCUUUAACUGGUAUUACAUGACUUUCACUAUAGUUCUGCUCAUUACACAGACCGUGGUUGUCUAUAUCCAAGACCAAGUCAGCUGGAUCAUCGGCUUUAGUGUCCCCACCGGACUCAUGGCUUGUGCGGUUGUUAUGUUUUUCGCCGGAAUGAAGCUUUACGUGUAUGUUAAACCUGAAGGAAGUAUAUUCUCUGGGAUCGCUCAAGUUGUAGUGGCAGCUCGUAAGAAGCGAAAGAUGAAGCUACCGGCGGAAGAUGACGGCACGGUGAACUACUAUGACCCGCCUGUUAAAGAUAGCGUGUUAUCCAAGUUACACCACAGUAAUCAAUUCAGGUUUCUUGACAAAGCGGCGGUGAUAGUAGAAGGCGAUCUAACAUCCGAGGGAGUUCCGGCGAACAACUGGCGGCUAUGCAGCAUUCAAGAAGUGGAAGAGGUGAAAUGUUUGAUCCGAAUAGUCCCUGUUUGGUCCGCCGGAAUAAUAUCACUCGCGGCGAUGUCACAGCAAGGAACUUUCACUGUCUCUCAAGCUUUGAAAAUGGACAGACAUAUGGGUCCGAAAUUCGAGAUCCCGGCUGGUUCUCUCUCCGUCAUCUCUCUCCUCACCAUCGGCGUCUUUCUUCCUUUAUACGACCGCGUUUUAGUCCCGUUCCUCCGCCGAAUCACUGGCCACAAAUCCGGGAUCACACUCCUCCAACGGAUCGGGACAGGGAUCGUUUUCGCUGUCCUUUCCAUGAUCGUGGCCGGGAUCGUGGAGCGCAUGAGGCGCACGCGCUCCAUCAACGCCGGAGAUCCGACGGGGAUGACUCCAAUGUCGGUGUUUUGGCUCUCGCCGCAGCUUAUUUUGAUGGGACUAUGCGAAGCAUUCAAUAUUAUCGGACAGAUCGAGUUUUUCAACAGUCAGUUUCCGGAACACAUGAGAAGCAUUGCUAACUCUCUGUUCUCUUUAUCAUUCGCCGGUUCGAACUACCUUAGCAGUUUGAUAGUGACGACCGUUCAUAAGUUCACCGGCGGCCGUGAUCAUCCGGACUGGCUCAACAAGAACCUCAACGCCGGAAAACUCGAUUACUUCUAUUAUCUGAUUGCGGUUUUGGGAGUGUUUAAUCUGGUUUAUUUUUGGUAUUGUGCUCGGGGAUACCGGUACAAGGUCGGCGUACAGAUUGGAGAUUUCGAGGAGGACAAGAGUUUCUCUGAUGUUGAGAUGAGUUCCAAGAAACAGCUAAAAUGAUUUAAUAGGCUGGUUAGGAGGAACAAGAAGAUGAUCACUGUUGCUUUAAAUGAUCAUUAUUGUAACAAUGUAUCUAUUAUGUAUUAUACAAGAACUAGAUUAUAUAAUAAAAUUUUACCUUAUGUUAUUUAUGCGGAAAUAUUGGAUGAUUUGCCAUUUAGUUUUGUGACUUUGUCAUGAUACUAUAUAGCUG